AUGGAGGCAGCCAAAUGGAGGCAGCCAGAAGGAGGCAGUCCUAGGUGGCAACUGGAGGAGACAUCCAGGAGACAAACACAGGAGACAACCACAGGAGACAACCACAGGAAACAACAACAGGAGACAACAGGAGACAACCACAGGAGACAACCACAGGAGACUAUCACAGGACAUAACCACAGGAGACAGUCACAGGCGACAACCUCAGGAGACAACCACAGAGACGGCAGGCACGAGACGAGACGAGGCGAGGGGACGUCGUGGUGGACCCUGCCACGGGCUCAUUUUCUGCUCUUGGGGGCCGUUUCCUUGGCGUUUGGCGCCGAGCGUGGGCUGGAAUGCAUGAUGCAUCCAUCCAUCAGGGACGGCAGCAAAUGGCUCCGUCAUGACAUUCCAGUUCCCGUGACGCUGACGCAAUAG